AUGCUGUGGUCAGAGGAGACCAACACUAACAGGCAUCAGUGUGAGGGGGGGGGGGGCAGCAUCAUGCUGUGGUCAGAGGAGACCAACACUAACAGGCCUCAGUGUGAGGGGGGGGGAGGCAGCAUCAUGCUGUGGUCAGAGGAGACCAACACUAACAGGCAUCAGUGUGAGGGGGGGGGGGCAGCAUCAUGCUGUGGUCAGAGGAGACCAACACUAACAGGCAUCAGUGUGAGGGGGAGGGGGAGGCAGCAUCAUGCUGUGGUCAGAAGAGACCAACACUAA